AUAAAGCACGUAGUACACGUAGAAAACAAACAGACGACGAUUUAAAAGAAAUUCAGGCGCGAUGCAAUAAGCCCCGUGCGUCGGACAAGAAGCAGACCGCAGGUACCAGGCCAGUACCAAAAGCUCCAGUCUCGGGCUUUGCCACUUGCCCACAAUCCGCGGUAGAAUCGGCAUCCGCUUCCGCACCCGGACUUAAGCCACGAGAGCACGGGUAAAACCCGACGAACCCGCACAGAAAAUGCUGGGUGGCAAGCGGACGGGGUCGCGGCACAUCGCCGUGGUGCUGCUAAUGUGCCUCUUCUGGUACGUGAUCUCCUCCAGCAACAACGUGAUCGGCAAGAUGGUCCUCAACGAGUUCCCCUUUCCGAUGACCGUGACUCUGGUGCAGCUAUGCAGCAUCACACUGUACAGCGGGCCCUUCUUCAACCUGUGGCGCAUUCGGAAGUACCAGGACAUCCCGCGCUCCUACUACUUUCGCUUGAUAGUGCCCCUGGCGCUGGGAAAGCUGCUGGCCUCCGUCACCUCUCACAUCUCGCUGUGGAAGGUGCCAGUUUCUUACGCACACACGGUGAAAGCCACAAUGCCACUGUUUACCGUCGUCCUGACACGCCUCUUCUUUGGCGAGAAACAGCCGACGCUCGUGUACCUGAGCCUGCUUCCCAUCAUUACGGGCGUAGGCAUUGCCACCGUCACGGAGAUCUCCUUCGACAUGAUGGGCUUGAUCAGCGCCCUCAUCUCAACAAUGGGCUUCUCCAUGCAAAACAUCUUCUCCAAGAAGGUGCUUAAGGACACCAACAUCCAUCAUUUGCGGUUGUUGCAUUUGCUCGGAAAGCUGUCGCUGUUCAUCUUCCUUCCUCUUUGGUUGUAUAUGGAUAGCUUUGCUGUAUUCCGCCACACGGCCAUUAAAAACCUGGACUAUCGGGUGAUUGCCCUGCUUUUCGCUGACGGCGUCCUCAACUGGCUACAGAACAUCAUAGCCUUCAGCGUCCUGUCGCUGGUCACUCCACUCACCUACGCGGUUGCCAGCGCCUCCAAGCGGAUCUUUGUGAUCGCCGUGUCGCUGCUGAUCCUGGGCAAUCCGGUGACGUGGGUCAACUGCCUCGGCAUGACGCUGGCGAUUGUGGGCGUGCUGUGCUACAACCGCGCCAAGCAGAUAACCCGGGGCAAGGAGAAGCCGACACUGCCGCUGUCGCAGAGCAACCACGUGAAGUACUCGCCGCUGGAGCAGCAGACGGACCCCUAUUACCGGGGGUCGGUCAACGGGAAGCUAUCCAAUGGGCUGCACAGGGCGCCCGGGAACAGCCUUCUGGCGAAUGGCAGCGGCAUGCCGAGUGGGACAGCCACGCGUCUGCUCUUUGUUUAGUUGAUAGUUAGUGAAAGUAUCCAAUAAGCGGGUUAGCUGAAUAGUAUUAACCCGCAACCUCCGCCACCCAACGCCCGACUCUCUCCCCUUCUCUCUUUAUUAUAUAUAUAUUGUAUACGUUUGACUAAAGAGGCACAACUCUAGAUUUAAUAAUUUUAAGAAAAGGCAGGUUUUUCUUUAGCGUUUUCAAUCGUACUGGAGGGAAGUUGCAAUUUCCCUCUACAAGAAAGAAUUCGAAUGGAAAUGUAUGGGUGCAGACGGUGCUGAAUAUGGCUAAUGAUUAGAGUAGUUAAUGUUAAUUGACUGAAAGAGUGUCUUAAUUUCCAAAUCCCUGUUUUGAUAUAUUUAAUCAGCUCACUUGAUGUUCUAAAGGAACCCAUUGAUGUCUAAGUGGAAUUAAGUACACACGCUUAAACAAGGUGUAACCGAGUUUUGAUCUAUGACAUUCUUUUAGUAAAUAAACUCGAAGAUGAAGGAUUUGGGUGUUGUGCCAGUUAAGUCAAAAGUGCGUGAUAUAUGUAUGUACGUUCGUUCACCCAGAAUGCAAAGCAAUGCUGUAAACUAAUGUAUUUUUGAUAUUGUUUCGAGUGCUAGCCGAGUGUGUAAAUAAGUAGUUCGAGCCCCCGAUUUCCAUAUCCCCUUCCGCCCGCAAGAGUCGAAUUUGUUUUUGAAUUUGAUUAAGCCGUAAAGUGUAUUCAGAAAGCGUGAGCGCAUGUCAAAUGCCAAAAUAAAAUUGUUGACCAUGUACAUAGGCAUAGCAAAUGCAAA